UGUCUACACACAAGUCAGCGAACUUGACAUCACUGCAAUCGACUGGUGCGCAGCUGGCGGUCUGAUGAGACGAAAGACGAGAAUGAUCCCUAUCUGAUCAACAUGGCUGGCGGGGCGGGUCGAUGGUACACAGAACUUCAUGUCGGCGAUCCGCUCCAGAUCCUCGAAGUCGAUAUCGACAUGUUAAGCCCGGACUUCUACACCGUCAUGACGACCAGUGGGAGGGGCUCGAGAUACGACACAUUCGCAUCGAAAACUCAUGGCCACAGUGACGAGCAUGUCCACCCCAUAUGUCGCCGCCCCAGCGAUGAGUUCAUGCUUCCCGGUCUCAACAACGCCAUCCGCCUUGACUUUCCUAUCUGUACUCCAUCCAAGGCAUCGCGCCAAACGCUCGCAAACUCAGUCCGUCACUCUCCUUGACGCGGACACCGGUGUUCUCAGUCUGGGAGGUACGAUUGCCAGCCCAUGGGUCACGCAGCAGGUCGAGCAGCAGAUGAGUCUCGCCAUGCCCAAUGAUACUCCCUGGGAUCAUCACUUUAAAUGGACGAAUGUGCAGGGCGC